AUGAUCGACUACCAUCACUUCUGCAGCCUGGAUUUCACUCAUCGUCCGUAUCGCGACACCAGGAGACGACAAAAGCCUCGCCGGUGGAAAGCCCCCUCCACCGCCCCUGUUGCCGAUACAGACACAGACGCAGAGGACUCCUGCGCCGAGACCGAUUUCGAGACAGAAGCCGAAUCAGGGCACGAAUCGUCUCUCCCCAAACCCCAGUCGUAUGCAGCGGAGCGGGCCGCUCUUCAGCCCUUGGCUCGCUCCAUCGCCGUCUUCCUCGCCCGUGGCGACAUCCUCGCCGCCAAGCGCGCCUUUGGCCUUCUCAUGCGCUCUCGUGUCUCUGGAAAACCGGUCGAUAUUCGGCGCAAUCAUUACUGGGAGCUGGGUGCUGAGAUACUCAUGCGUGAGCCCGUGUCGGAGGAGAACGCGGCUUGGGCGCCGACGGACGACAGUGACAUGUCCCAAGAGCGGCGCCGCAAGAAGCAGCAGCACCGUUAUCCGAUCUCCAAUGUGCCACAGGUCAAGGAAUACUUUCAGGGCCUCAUUCGGAAUUACCCCCACCAUCUCGGCGCGAGAAAGGCAGCUUCGGCCCUGCAGUUCUGGCCGGCGCAGGUCAGCUACGAGAUCAGCCAGAUGCACGCCCAACACACCGCUGCACUGGACGACCUAGGUGCCGACGCGGAGAGAUGGGAGACGGAUCCGGAUAUGGACAUGUACAAUGAGGGGGCUGACGAUGAAUUCGACUCGGAAGACAGAGACCCAUUCCACCCGGACGACAGUUCCAGAGGCAGGCCUCGCAGGGCUCGAUGCGUUGUUGACGCCCGGAAAAGCGGAAUGCGUCAGCGCGGAGACGAGAUCCGUGCCAAGACCCUUGACGGAAAUGCCGCGAUCUCCCCCUCGCGCAUGGACAAGUUACUGGACAGUUCUGCCCGUUCUCGCCGAAGCCCCGAGCUGCAGCGGCUGCGCGGGAUCGUCUCGCUGUACAUCGCCGACCUGCUUGUGCCGGCGGACUGCCCUCGUCCGGAAGACCGGCAAGAAGCAGAAACCAAAAAAAUUGGCUGA